AUGGCAGUCACAUGUGGUGGCAACCUUCACAUGGCCACUGUUGUUACUCUGGAUUUACAUACUAAAAUCCCAUCAGAGUUGGCCAUCACUGAAAUUACCACAAUUACUGAGCCUAAAAUCAACCAGAAAUGCUUGGAAAUGGAAUCACCCAGGGUGAAGAGAAUCGACCCACCAAACUAUAAACCAAGGGUCUCUGAUCCCAAAGAUGCAAAGAGUCGGGAUCGAUCAAGAGAAGGAUCACGACCAACAUCUGCUGUCAAUUCUGGUCAUCACUCUCGUUCAGCAUCCAGAAGUACAGCCCGAUCUCGUCCAGCAAGUCGACAGAGCUCCUUCCACUCUUCAAGAAGACCAGUGACUACUGCUAGCAUUGUUUCGGUCCCAGCUCGCACACCCCAACAAGAACGCCGGGAAUCACUACUAGAACUACACCGGGAAUCAUGUCGACUAUUCCAAGAUCCCCCAGCUAUAUCGCCGACGGAGGAUUUCCGACCCUCAUCAACGCAACGAAAUCCCUCAUUCGCAAAUCGAUAUCGGCGCACAUCCUCCGAUAUGGGCACCUCAGCACCACCAUCCCCAAUCGCCUCGUCAUCAUCUAGCCGUCGCUUCGACGAUCAUCACCGCCGCUCAAUAAGUUCCGGCUCGGUCCCUCAACUACAAACAAGAACCCGAUCCAAUACCCUCCCAACUACACACCAUAUACACAAUUCCUCCACAUCAUCCAUUCACGUCCCGGAGACAGUAAUGGAAUGGACAUCCCCCUCAACAAGGAGACGCGAGUACGAGAAAAUCGACCGAGCCAGUCGAGGCAUGCGCGGUCUAUGGCGACGAGUCGCACCACGGUGGUGUCAAGCGCGGGACGCACGAACUCCAUUUUUCGAAGAAGGCAAAACAAGCCGUGAAGGGAGUGUGCGACGAUUCCGCAUGGACCUCCCGGACGAAGAGCAGACCCACUCGGACCCGAAACGUGAUGGGUCCGGUGCCGGUCCGGUUGAUGUUGAUUUUUGCAAUUCAGACGCUUCUCGACGCCUCUGGACAGGUCGUCGGUCGAAGACUCUCAAAUAA